AUGGCUUGGGUGUAUUGGCACAGUCCAGGAGAGGGUAUGAUGGGUAUGAUGGUUACGACACUCUCAGCCAGCCAGGCACCAGCUGGCACUAGCAUCAAUCAUGACAACGUAUGCAGUGCCACCGUGAUACUUCCUCUAGCCGACUAUAUCAGUCGCCGAACUGCCACCCAACUGAGGACACCAGUGAUCUCGGCAUCACUGAGCUCCUCCAACAGUUAUACUCUGCCAGAACAAUCGUCCUGCAUGAGAACCGGACCGGGGUGGAGGAUGCGCCACUUAUGCUGCAUGACCAAAGCUAGACAACAGAAAUACUGGUGUUAUCGCAGCCAUGAGACGAGGAACGGGAUAAUGUACCUCUCUCACAUUGUCGAGCGCCAGUGUCUAGCAAGUUGUCGGUAG